AUGGCGAACAUCCCACCAUUGGCAUUAUGCCUGACUUACUGUUAUUUACUGCUGGUCGGAGCCAGCCACAACUUUGAAGCAGAAAAGCGGGCAGCAGCAGCAGCAGCCAUGAGCGACAAAAUCACCACCUUCGUCCACGAGCUGGGCCUUCCAUCUUCAACCCAAGCUUCAGAACUGGGUGACAAGCUGCGAGGGGAUUCCAACCUCUCAGCAUUUCUCAGUGGUGGUAACUUUAGCCAUCAUCUCUUGGCUAAGCUGGCGUGUUCUUCGAUCCAAAAAGUCCUGGGUCCUAAUAGUGCAGUAGACUAUGACAACCAGACCGAGGUUGAUGCCAAUUGCUUUUUCCAAACCAAAUUCUCAGUCCGCAGUGGUGGUCAUUCGCCAAACCCAGGCUGGUCUAGUAUUAGAAAGCCAGGUAUCUUGAUUGACCUCCAAAAGCUCAAUAAAAUCGCUAUUAGUACCGAUAAGUCUGUUAUCAGUCUUGGCCCAGGCGGCCGGUGGGGUGAUUUCUAUACAGCAUUGGACCCCUAUGGUGUGAGCGUUAUUGGAGGCCGGCUUCCAGACGUUGGAAUUGUUCUUGCAGACGGAACCAUUGUGGAUGCAAAUGCACAGCAGAAUUCCGAUCUCUUCUGGGCACUGAAGGGUGGUGGUCCCAAUUUCGUACACGAGAUUUGGUACCAAGUGGGAGCAUAUACGGUCGAUCAAAUUCCAGCUGUCCUUGAUGCCUUUGUUAAAUGGCAAGAGAACGGCGCUUCAGACGUGAAGUCGACCGUGAUUCCUAUUAUUGGCCUGGAAGGCGUCACCCUUGUAUUAAUCUAUUCAGAACCUGCCACUCAGCCAGCAGCAUUUGCUCCAUUCUAUAGCAUUCCUGCUGCGGUUAUUCCUGUUCCUGCUCAAAACUCCACGGUUUUGGGUCUGACUACUGUUCUUGCAAGCGCGUUCUCAAAUGCUCCAGCGCGUCAGCCUGGUGAAUGCAGGAAAUUGUGGACAACAGUAGUCGACUGGACAAAUGUGCAGGAUGAUGCAACAGUGCGAGGAGUGUCCAUUGCCACAGGUCAGAAAUGGCAGCAGCUGGGAGAAGAGCGUGGACUCUAUGUUCCGUUCCUCUUUAUGAACGAUGCUUCUCGCGAUCAAGAUCCUCUGUCAUUAUAUGGCUUGGACAACCUGUCAAAGCUGAAAGCCAUAUCGAAGAAGUACGACCCAGCCCAGGUCUUCAAGAAGCUGCAGAACGAUGGCUUUUUGCUUUCAAAGGCUUAG